UCUUCUCUUUCUGAAAAAAAAACACAACAAAAGUCUUCCCUUCCUGAAAAAAAAGAUCAACAAAAGGUUUUUAAGGCAUUUGCCCCACAAACUGUUAUAACUUCCAAGAACCUGGAACCUUCAUCUCCGAUCGCCAAUAACCCGAUAGUACAGCGUCGUCUGUAAUGCAACACACAUGAUGCACCUGUGCUGUUGCCGUCUCUCCAAUCUCCAUAAAAAAAAGGAAAAAGAAAAAUAUCUUGCCCGGCCUGCCACAGCCACCACACCUAACGCCAAUUGAAGUAUUGAAACAGCUAACAAAAACCGAAACCUUAAAUAAAACAGCACCGGAGCUCACACAAGAGCAUCCCUUUCUUCCUCCUCCGGAUCGAUGAAUCAGUCAAGCUCCCACAAAUAAACCAUAUAUCCUCCACAUGUUGCUCGGCUAGCUCACAUGCUCUGAUAUUUUCUUCCUUGCUGUCUUGCUAGCUGCUAUCAAUCUGUGUCGAGCUUACAACGACAUCCAGGUCAGAGCUCGAGGCAGCAGGAUCCUCUAUUUAUAAUGGCUGCCUCCAAUAGCAACGGCUCUGGCAAGAACGGCACCAGCCCGCUGGACGCCAUGGGCGCCUUCUUCUCGAAGCAGGUCGAGCGGCGCAAGCUGGUCACCAGCGAGAAGCAGGCGCUGUCCACGCGGCUGUCAGCGUCCGGCGACACUUUCCCGGGCUCGGACCACCGGCCGGGGGACCGGAAGCGGUGGAUGGCGGAGCUGGGGGCGGACAAGGUGCGCGUGCACCAGGUGGUGUGGCCCGGCACGCACGACUCGGCCACCAACAAGAUCGGCAUCCCGUUCGUGACGCGCCCCUUCGCGCAGUGCCAGUCGAUGUCCGUGUACGAGCAGCUCGCCACGGGCGCGCGCGUCAUCGACGUGCGCGUCCAGGAGGACCGCCGCGUCUGCCACGGCGUGCUGCCGACGUACCCCGUCGACGUGGUCCUCGACGACGUCAGGAGGUUCCUGGGCGAGACCGAGUCCGAGGUGGUCAUCCUCGAGAUACGCACAGAGUUCGGGAAGGAGGACCCGCCGGAGUUCGACAAAUUCCUCAUCGAGCAGCUCGGCGAGCACCUGAUCCCGCAGGACGAGGCCGUGUUCCACAAGACCAUCUCCGAGCUGCUCCCACGGCGCGUCAUCUGCGUGUGGAAGCCCCGCAAGUCGCCGGCGCCCAAGCCCGGCGAGCCGCUGUGGAGCGCCGGGUACCUCAAGGACAACUGGAUCGACACGGACCUGCCGGAGACCAAGUUCGAGAGCAACAUCAAGUUCCUGGAGCAGCAGCGGCCGGUGGCCGACCGGAGGUUCUUCUACCGGGUGGAGAACACGGUGACGCCCAAGGCCGACAACCCGGUUCUUUGCGUGUGGCCCGUGACGAAGCGCAUCCACGGGUACGCGCGGCUGUUCAUCGCCGAGGUCUUCGCCAAGGGCCUCGGCGACAAGCUGCAGGUGUUCUCCACCGACUUCAUCGACGGGGACUUCGUCGACGCCUGCGCCGGCGUCACCAAGGCACGCGUCGAAGGCACCGCCUGACCGCAAAAUCAAUGGCGCGCGAGGUGAGAACGUCUCGGAUGCUUUUCUGCAUGUACGACGCACGUACUUCCGAUUGAUUAGGAGACGUCCUGCAUGGGCUUGUAAUAGUAACUAGAGGAGUUGCCGCGAUUAGAGGACCAGUAAUCCGUUGGUGUUGUAGUGUGCAGAGCAGUGUGUGCUCUCGUCGAUCGACGUUGUUGUUUGUGAAUUCGUGAAGGAUUGUAGCGUACGUACACCUCACCUACGUUGUUGGUUAGUAAUCCGCAACGCACGGACACUAUAUUGCAGUGUGUGUGUUUAGAGGAACAUGUGACUUGUAUCAUGUAUCCAUGGAUCAUGUGAGUGUACAUGUGUUGUGUGUAUAUAUAGUGUGAUGAACUGGUCAGAUAGAACACGAUGUACACAUGAAUAAACAGAGGGUACGUUUGUUUGGGACGA